UAAAAAAAAGUAAGCAUUAAGAUUGUAUGUUUCCUAGAAAGAAUUUUGGCAUGACAGUGUGAGUAUAUGUCUGCCUUCAUUUUAGUAGGAUUUAUAAAAAAUGUUUUAAAAAGAUAUAUUACUUAUUCAUUUGAAAGGCAGAGUGACAAAGGGUGGGAGAGUUUACUCCAUCAAUGGCCCAAGGAUCCAGACAUAGCAAGGCCAAAGCCAGUAGCCCCAAAUUCCUUUUGGUUUCCCAUAUGUGACAGGGGCUAAAGCAUUUGGACAAUCAUUUGUUGUCAUUCCAGGUGCAUUAUCAGGAAACCAGAUCAGAUUCAUAGUAGCUAGGACUGGAACUGGUUUUCUAAUGCAGAUGCCAAGUAGUUCAAAUGGUGGCUUUACCACAAUGCCAGCCCUGACAAAUUUUGUUUAAAAAAAAAGGAAAAUUCUCGUACCUUCCCUAGAAAUGCUUCCAAAGACACUUGCAAGUAAAGAAAUAUUUACUGAAGACAGAUUUGUUAAGAGCAGAGAGACUCAGUGCUUAUGGAUCCAGACCUGUUUCCUACCUUCCCUAUCACAACUCAGUGAAAUGGAAACUCCACUCCUAAGUGCAACUAAGAACACAUGGCCCUCUCUCCUGCUAGCUGCCAGCUUGGGAUGACAUCCUCAUUUUUUUUUUCCUGUCUUCAGUUGCCUACUGCCAGAACUAUGUGCUGGGUGAGUGUAGCUGAGAGGAAGGGCUCAGACCACACUUGAAUAAUGGAGACUCUGUAUUGGGCAUUAGGAUGCUUGGAUCUCAUCCCCACAACAUGCAAUGUCCACUGUAGGCACAUCCAUAGAAACAGUACAUUUGCAGUGACUUUGGGUUGAAAGUAUUAGGGAUAUUAAAGAGACAGCCUUCUUUUUAUUUAUUUUUUAUUUUAUAAGCAAGGACAAAUAACAAUGAAAGAAAGUUUCCACCUGCUGGGUCAUUCUCCGUUCAAAACAAAUAAGACUGAGCUAAGUUAAAAUUGGAAGCUGGUAAGAUAGGCAUGAUAACACUGAGAAUUAAGUAUUAAUUGGGAUGCUCACUUCCCUUUUCAGAGGGUCAGUUCAGAUCCCAGCCACUUUGCUCCUAAUCCAGCUUCUGACUAUUAGGCCUGGGAAGGCAACACAUGUUGGCCCACACCAGUAUGGGAGAUGAGACCUGCAUGGAAUUCCUCAGCUCUAAUUUUGCCUUGGCCCAACUUUGGCUGUUGUAGGUGUUUGGAGAGAUGGGGGCAUAAACCACCAGAUGGAAAAAUCUCUGUCACUCUCUCUGAAUUUCAAAUAAAUUAUUUUUUAAACAGUUAUAAAUUGGGAGCUAGGCACUCAAUUUUGGUCAACAAUGUAGCUAGGUGUCCCAACUACUUGAGCCUCUACCUUCUGGGUGAUACAGACCUAGGGUGAGCAUUAGCAAGAAGCUGGAGCUGAAUCAGGAUGGAGCUGGGACUCAAACCCAGGCUGUCUGGGAUGUGCUGACCCAAGCAGUUUAUUAACCACUAAACUCAACCUCAACACUUUAAGGAGAUAAAAAAAUUAUAAAAUUGUCAAUGGUGAUGGUUACAACUGAAUGAAAACAGUGAAUUGUAUAGGUACUAUUAACAGAUGAAUCUCAUGGGAAUUUGCAUUUAUAUCCAAUUAUGCUAUUUAAGAAAAUUAUAUAACUUAGAAUAUAUUGUAUUAUUUCAAACUUUUCAUGUAAUGUAUAUUUUAGUGUCUCAAACUCCAAUGCACAUAAAAUGUCGACUUUCCUCUGUAGGUUACAUUGCAUAUUUACAUAUAAAUAUGAAUAUAAAUGUAAGACCAAGGGAUGACAGCAUAUUAACUAGAUAAGGAACAGUGAUUGAUUCAGGACCAAGGGAUAUUGGUUAAAAGAUGACAUUAAUCUUUUCUGUAUAUCUUUUCUGAGAAUAAAAUUAAGAAAUGAAUUAACAUGAAACAAACCAUGGUCAGACAUCAGAGGCAUGUGACUAUAUAAUUUACCAGAGAUGAAUCUGAGAAGACUAACAUUUGGGACUGACAUUGUGGUGCAGUAGGUUAGGACAGUGCUUGCAAUGCUGGCAUCCUAUAUUGGCAUGCCAUUUGGAGUCCUGGCUACUCUGCUUCUGAUCCACAUUCCUGUGAGUGUGUUUGGGAAAGCAGUGGAACAUGGCCCAAGAACUUGGAUCCCUACCAGCCAUAUAGGAGACCCAGAUAGAAUGGCCUGGUCCUGACUCCUGGCCCCAUCCUGGCUGUUGCAGACACUUGGGGAGUGAGCCACAAGAACGAAGAUCCAUCUAUCUCUUUGUCAGUCUCUCCUGCCUCUCUCCUUAUUUCCCUUUCAAAUAAAUCUUUAAAAAAGAAAAAGAUUAACCUCAUUUCAUAAUCCUAGUGAUGGAAUCUUAAUUACCCAAUCUCCUUUCUAUUCAUCUCUCCCUUUAUACUACAGGGACUAUUUAUUCCCAUUCAUCCAGUACAAAUUACUUACUAGAAUUGCUGUCAUGACUUGGUGCUCAAAAACAUGAACUGCAAUCAUCAUAUGAUAUCUAUACUUAAGAAACAGAUAAAGAAGUUGCUUAAGGUGUAAUUGUAGAUACCACUACAUGUUUCAGGGGCCAAAGAAAAUGAAUACAACACCAAUUCCAAAAUCAUCCGCAUCUUAUAUAAAAGGCAUAGAAGACACACACAGAGAAAUGCACUCCUAGUCUUUUUGUGACAGAACUGGCAUGAUGAACAAAAAAAAAUGUGCUGUUGCAGAUGUUGGUGUCAUUUGAAGACCUGGCUGUGGACAUCACUCAGGAGGAGUGGCAGUACCUGGACAGUUCUCAGAGGACUCUGUACAAAGAUAUGAUGAUGGAGACCUACAAUAGCCUGUUGUUUUUGGGGUACUGCAAAAGCAAACCUGAGGUGAUCUUCAAGUUGGAACAGGGGGCAGAGCCAUGGACAGUGACAAAACCCCUAAAUUGGAGCCUGUCAGCCCACAGAAGGGAUGACCUAUUGGGAACCAACUGGAAAAGUCAACAAAUAAAUUUGAGGAGGCCUGAUGAGAUGCGAGCUGCAGAGAAAUCUGAUGGCACUAAUGUACCUGGCAACUCAAGUGAACGUUGGGAGCCCAUCAGGCAGCCUCACAAGAUUCAGCCUUUUCAGCAGGUGUUUGAACACAGUGUAAAAGGCAAAGGGUUCAACAGGAAAAGGGUGUUCUUUACAAAUGAAAGGGAUCAUAUGGGAGACACCUGUAAUAAGUCAGUUGGCAUUGUAGGAAAGACAACUGAACAUGUAAAGAACUUUCCAGAAAAAGUCCUACCUCAGUAAACCUCAACAAACACACACAGGAAAGAAACUUUAUGAAUCUUUUGAGUAUGAGGAAACUCUCAUUUACAAAUCAGAUUUUAUCACAAGUCAAAGAACACAUACAGGAAGAAAAACCUAUUCUUGUAACCCCUGUGGAAAAUCUUUCAAUUGUAAAUCCUGCCUUUCUAUCCAUCAUAGAACUCAGAAAGGGGAAAGGCCCUCUGGGUGCAAUGAAUGUGGGAAAACCAUUUACCCGAGGUCAGAUACUACAAAUCACAUGACUCACACAAGAUACAAAUCUUUGACAUGUAAAACAUGUGGCAAAGCAUUUUAUUGGAAGUCGCAACUCAUUCUACAUCAGAGAUUUCACACAGGGGAGAAACCUUAUCAAUGUAAUACAUGCGGAAAAGGCUUUCAUUGGAAAACAAUCCUUAUUUCACAUCAAAGAAUUCACACAAAGGAGAAAUCUUACAAAUGUGAUAUAUGCAGAAAAGCCUUUUUCUGGAAGUCAAAUCUCACUGUACAUCAGAGAAUUCACAUAGGGCAGAAACCUUAUGAAUGUAAUAAAGGUGGAAAAGCCUUUAUCCAAAAGUCAAAUCUAACUUCACAUCAGAAGAUUCACAUAAAUGAGAAACCUUAUGGAUGUGAAAUGUGUGAAAAAACCUUUCGCUGGAAGUCAAACCUUACUACACAUCAGAGAAAAUUCACACAGUGGAUAAACCUUUUGAAUGUAAUACAUGUGGAAAAGCCUUUUGCCAAAAAUCACAACUCAUUGCACACCAGAUGAUCCACAAAAAGGAAGAAAACUUAUGAAUGUAGUACCUGUGGAAAAUCCUUUUUCCAGAAGUCACAACUCACUCUACAUAAGACGGAGAAGAUUUAUAAAUGCAAAAUGUGUGGAAAACCCGUUUGUUGGAAAUCACAACUCUUUACCCAUCAGAGAAUGCAUAGAUCAGAGAAAAUUUAUGAAUGCAAUACAUGUGGAAAAGUCUUUUGUAAUAACUCACAACUCAUUACACAUCAGAGAGUUCACACAGGGGAGAAACCUUAUCAAUGUGAUGAAUGUGGAAAAACAUUUUCUCAGAAUUCAAACUUCAGAAGGCAUCAAAGAACUCACAUGUAAGAGAUAACUUGUCAAUGCUAUGGAUAAGAAAAGACUUUUUGCCAGAAGAUACAUCUCAACAGAAGGCAGAACUCACAAAAAGGAAAAAAAAUACCUUUUAAUGAAGUGAUUAUGUAAAUUCCUGAUGCCAGAAGUCAGUGUUAGGCACACAUCAAAGAACUCACAGGUGAGAAAGCAUGUGAAUAUAGGAAAACUUUCUACCAUAAGCCAGAUCUCACUAUCAGGGAUCUUAGAGGAAGAACUCUACAAAGGCAGUGGAAGUGGACAAAGCUUUUACUCUGAGGCAGAUUUCAACAAGCAUCAGCAAAAUUAUCCACAAAAUUAUUAGUACAUAAAAUAAGUGCUAGCCAAAUUACUCAAUAUUAUUCUGCAAAACAGUAAUGAAGGUGGAAAAAUACCUGUUUAACAUCACAUCUCUGCAGGUAUUAGGGAAUUCACAUGAGGGUGUAACACUGUACUGCAGAGGCUGGCUAUGCAGUCUUUGAAAUCUACAUUAGUCUCUGUGCCAAAUAAUCUGCUGUUUUGCCUGCACUUAUUAUGAGUAGGGGACGAUAUCCACAUGUAAUUUUUUGUAAGUAAAUACUCAUUCUAUACUACUCAGUUUGAAAUACAAUCCUAACAUUUGCAAAG